UUAUGGACUUGCUAGUGGCGGAGAGUCAACUUGAGUUUUCUUUGUUCCCCCGGUUUUGUUGUUGACGUGAUGUUGAUGCAGACGCUUGUAUUUGUAGGGUUAGCUUAGCUUCAAGGUAGCACGCAUCUUGCACGUGAUGUUGCAGGAUUUUCAGAAGAUGAAUAGCGCCAUCAAAGCUACCAGAUUCUUCAACUCAAACACCCUCAGACUCUUUCAUUCCUCUCCUCUCUUGGAACGCAGAAAGAGAAAUUCUUGGGAAUCUGGAUGCAACCAUUACUCAAAAAGAUUUAGAAAGACACAUGCGAAACAAACAUUACUCCGGGAUGUCAAUGCUUAUGCAGAAUUCUUGUUUCAGAGCUGGAAAGAAGAUAUUGAUGAAGAUGAUCCAUCUUCGAGUCGGGGCACCUCAUGGUUUAGAAAGCAAUAUUCUCCCAAGGGUUCUGGAAGGUACAGGAAUGGCAAUCAAGGAUCAAGGCACCAGUACAGAAGAGAUCCUGAGUUUUGCAGAGAUGAUUUUGAUGUUGAAAACAUUUUCCACUCUGCCUUUGGUGGGAACCGAUUCUUCUAUUGGUCCUUUAUAAAUGAGGAAAAUCCUCAGCGGAGGAGGACUGGAGGCUUUUCUAACUAUGGGAAAUCUUGGAAUUGGAGACAUCGGAGUAAAAAUGAGGACGGCUCUUCAACUGACUCCGAGUCUGAUUUUUCAUAUUCAGAUUUAGUUUCAGAUAGAUUAGCCCUUGGGUUGAGUGCUUCUGGUCCUCUGAAACUUGAAGAUGUGAAAAAUGCGUACCGGACAUGUGCCCUAAAGUGGCAUCCAGAUCGUCAUCAAGGCUCUUCCAAGGUUACAGCAGAGGAAAAGUUCAAGCACUGUAGUUCAGCUUAUCAAUCUUUGUGUGAUAAGCUGGCAUUGGAUUAAGGACUCUUAUUAUACCUUUUCUACAGUUCUCCAGCUCUUAGCAGUUAUUUCCCUAUGAUGAACAUGUUCUUGAUUGAUGUGGUUACUGAAGGAGUGAGAUCUUUUUCUCUAUCCCUAUUUAUCCCCCAUACUUUAUUUUAAAUUCUUCGUUCAUAUAUUACCAUUUAAUUUCAUUCACAAGUUGCUUCCUAAUAGCAUGUUUGUUUUAGAUUCAUUUUAACACAUCAGGUGUUCAUUGAAAGGAAGUUUUAGUUCCUUGCAGAAAACCUUAUUGGGAAGUCAAAUUUGGUUGAAGAUUUUAAUUUGCGGCAAAUGGAAUCUGAAACGAACUAGUGGUUUCAUAGAUGUAAAGUAUAGCCUUUUUCUCUGUAUUAUUCUCUAUUAAUUCCCUUUUUAUUAUUUAUUUUAUUAAUUUAUUGUUUUUUCUGUUUUUAAAA